UAUGUAAAGUACGUGGCCCAGUGCCCGACACAGACACCAGCUCCUUUAGGGUCCAUCAGGGUCGCCACCUCUAACUUCAGAACCUCAGCACUCCCCUCUACUCCUGUGCUCCAUCCCCUUCAGUCUGCCAAACCUGACUGUUACCUUUGAGUUCUGCCAAUCACUUGUUUGCACUUUACAUCUCUAUGUACCCUACCAAGUCUUUUCCCAUCUAGAAUGUUCUUUAGACCCUCGUUCACAAUGGAUGCAUUUUAGAUUGGGCGAUGCAACCUACAAAUCCUUUCAUUUGUAGUAGCCACUGCAUGUCAUCUUUCAGAUGUGAGACUUCAGCAAUGUCAGAGGGUACCCUCUCCAAUCUGAAGAGAUCUUUGUCCUGUUGGUGCCAUGGGCAGGAAGACCCUGAUUGCUCCUUGCUAGCUCACUUGCUUCAUAGAAUCCCCUUGCCAGCAACGGUCCACUGUUUAUGGGAUUCGCUUUUUUAGUGGAGUUGAUUAUGUCUUCCCAUUACUGAACAGUCUUCAUUUAGCAUUCAGUCGUAGUACCUGGGAAUCUCGGAGGUGGGAGUGAAUGAAUUGCCCUGUGGGAGGAAGAGAGAGUAAAUGGGAUGUGGCUUUUCCAGGGUGACAUCUGAUGCCAUUGGGAUCUCUGAUUUUUUCCCCCUCCCCCUGAGGAAACAAUGCCCUUUUGAUGAUAAUUUGCUCUCUGCUUGCCUGACAAGUACUCAGCUGAGAUUUCUCAGCCAACAAGAUAGUGCAGACGUUUGUGGUACCAAGCACCACUUUCUCAAACCCUGGCCUCACUGAGGUGAUAACAACUGUCCUGCUCAAGGGAUUCCCCUUUUUUCUCCUCUCCCUUACUCCCUUCCCCACCUCCUCUUGGUGUUAUACAGGGAUAUCAUGUCCAUUUAUAAGGAGCCUCCUCCAGGAAUGUUCGUUGUACCUGAUACUGUUGACAUGACUAAGAUUCAUGCAUUGAUCACAGGCCCAUUUGACACUCCUUAUGAAGGGGGUUUCUUCCUGUUCGUGUUUCGGUGUCCGCCCGACUAUCCCAUCCACCCACCUCGGGUCAAACUGAUGACAACGGGCAAUAACACAGUGAGGUUUAACCCCAACUUCUACCGCAAUGGGAAAGUCUGCUUGAGUAUUCUAGGUACGUGGACUGGCCCCGCCUGGAGCCCAGCCCAGAGCAUCUCUUCCGUGCUCAUCUCCAUCCAGUCCCUAAUGACUGAGAACCCCUAUCACAAUGAGCCUGGCUUUGAGCAGGAGAGACAUCCAGGAGACAGCAAAAAUUACAAUGAAUGUAUCCGGCAUGAGACCAUCAGAGUGGCGGUCUGUGACAUGAUGGAAGGGAAGUGCCCCUGCCCUGAGCCCUUACGAGGGGUGAUGGAGAAGUCCUUCCUGGAGUAUUACGACUUCUAUGAGGUGGCUUGCAAAGAUCGCCUGCACCUUCAAGGCCAGACUAUGCAGGACCCUUUUGGAGAGAAGCGUGGCCACUUUGACUACCAGUCCCUCUUGAUGCGCCUGGGACUGAUUCGUCAGAAAGUGCUGGAGAGGCUCCAUAAUGAGAACGCCGAAAUGGACUCUGAUAGCAGUUCGUCUGGGACAGAGACAGACCUGCACGGGAGCCUGAGGGUUUAGACCCUGCUCCCUUCUCCCCUCCCCCCACUCAAGAGCCCCAGCAAAGUCCCUUCCCCCCCACCCCAGGGACGGAGAGGCACUGUGUAUCUCCCUCCAAACGUGACGUCAUCCUGCAAGAUGGCAAGAACCAAGCAAGCUCGGAUCCCAGGGUGUGGGAGUGGGGAGGCUGUUCCUGAUCCGACCUCCCUGGCUCUCGAGCAUCUGGGGCAGUGUUCAUCCCAUAGCAGGGGCCAAGGUACCUACACAGGAGCAGCUAGGGCAGGGGCCUCUGGCAAAAACCAACCAACCGACACACCUCUCCACAGGGCCAGCUCCUUAGGGGUAGGUGGGAGGCAGAAACUGUAAUUCCAAGAGGGAGUGUGCCCAAAUGAUUGAUGGGGAUCUCUGGAAGGGGGCUUUGGGUGGGGGGGCUGUCUGUGACACUUAAGCAGUCUGGGUGGUUGUCUGUCUGUCUGCAGUCUUGAAGCAGGGCUUCCCAAUGCCCUUUUCCUCCCUGCCUCUUCUCCCGUUACUUCCCCUGGGCCAGCAUAAUUUUGUUUUUCCUAAUUUAUAGUCACUGUUCUAGACAGACCAAAGAGAAGGAACAGUGGUGGAGUCUAGGCUGCUGAUCAGUAAGCUUUACCUAGCACCUGAGCACCUUUCUCCUCUGCCCCCCUAUUGCCUCGCCCAUUUCUAGAUUUAAGACAGAAGGUAAAUGUGACUGGGACUGAACCAAGGUCCUGGUAAAGCCUGCAAGGCACUAUGAGAAGCUGAUUUUGUUCCCGCAAUCACUGAUUUGAAAAGUUCCCAACGCAGCCGGCUGCUGUGUGUGGGGGAUGAGAGCCACUACAUAGAAUAGUCUCUUACAGAUGUUCCUGAAUGCUAGCCACGAUGAGGGUAUUUCUCCUGGGGGCGGGGUGCAGUGGGGAGACUGAUGCUAGUCCUGUUGUGUUUUGUUUGGCUGUCCUUGUGUAUUUUCACCCCAGCCUCUAGUCCCUCCCACCCCUCCCCCUCACCUCAAUGCCCAGGAACUUGUGGGGAGCAAGGGUUGGCCAAUGGCAGAGGGGCUGAGGCCGGGACUCUGGGCUCCUCCACCUCUCUUGCCUCUUCCCCUCCUCGCCCUCCCAGCUGCUCUGUCGCCGGCUCGGAUGGGCAUUUGCCUGGCUGUGUUGCUUCUCUAUCUAGCCGCAGUGAUCCUUUAGCUGGUUGGCUCAGAAAAAUGUGCUUUAGGCGCCCUGUGGUACUGGGCACUGAGGGAAUCCAGCCUUCCCCUUUUUGGUGUGUUCUCCCCGUACUUUCCAGAUUCUUACUGUUAUGGCUCCCAGUGGGGUGUUGGCGAUCCAUGUGCCGCAGGGCCUCAGUCAGCAUCGGGCCAGUGUCCGGGAGAGGAUGACUUGGGCCUGCCCUGCCCGCUGCUACGGAGGCCUCUGCCUGUAGGUCGUGGGACUUCCUGGGGGGAGUUCAGAAGGGGUUGGGUACAAAGGAGAAUGUCCGACUUGGGAGGGCAGGAAGCAAACAAACUGGAUAGGAAGUAGGCUUGGGGAACGGAAGUUUAUCUCAGAUACCUAAGGCUGGGUCUCCUAACGAGGAGACUCAAAAAGGGACCCUGCUUCCAAUUUCCCUCUUCCAUUCCCAGAGCAAGCACAGGGCUUAGAAGAAUGCCCUUGGUCUGUUGGUCCAGUGGUUGUCUGUCAUCCAUUUAAGUGUUCCCACUUUCAAGUGACAAUCCUCUCCUUGGCCCUGCCAUGGGCAGAGCAUGUCUGGCGUACCUGCCUGACUUUUAUGCCCUAAUCUUGAGUUGAGGAAAUAUAUGCACAGGAGUCAAAAGAGAUGUCUUUAUAUCUGACUGUACAUAAAUGAAGUUUUUUUUUUUUUCUUUUUGGUGCAAUAAAGUUUGUUUUGGCAGAAGGAGGAAGCGCCUUGGGUGUGGGAGGGUUUGUGUCAAGGGAGACUGGGAUUCUCAAUAACCACACCUCUCACCUAGGUCUGAAACUGUCAGGGAGAAAGUGCUCGAUGCUUUGUCUGGAGGCUGGAAACUCCGGUUACAGGACACGGGUGGAAGCAGGGCUGCCAGGGCCGAGUCUCCCGCCAGCCAGAAGUAGAAGGGCCCUUUUUGAGACCACCUCUGGCAGUCAAGGAGAGGAAUGCCAUCUUGGCCUCAGUUGCUUCCACAGAGCCCCUUCUUCACAAACUGGGAAGGGAGCAUGUCCUCCAAGGACAGGCAGAUCUAGACUGUAUCUCUGGGUAAGGAAAGGGCGUCUUUAAGUUCUGGAUAAUCCAAACCCCACUGGGUUUUCAGAUUUCUGGUACUAAACCAGCUCUUAGGAAUUCAGCAUUCAGACCACGAAGACAGCUUCAUACAGCCACCUUCCUUCCCUACUUGCUAAAGAAGGGCUCUGGCUUUCGGGCGCAGAGGCUUUUCCUCUCGGCUGACCCUGCGGCUAGGAAGACGGUCCGAGAUACCCGGCCAGCCUGGGCCGGCCCGAGCCAGGAUGCAGGAAAGUGAAGGCCCGCGCGGCACUGGACUUAGACUCUGGCUCUUCGCUUUGCUUCUGAAGCUGGUGGCCCCCCGUGAACUACUUCAGUUCCUCACCUGAGACAGUAAGGAGAACCUACUCCCUGAACCGGUGAACGUGGCCGUGAGGAUUAAGGGUCCAGAAGAUGGUCCAGGGUAGGUGUUCAGUAAAUGAUGCCCUAACCGCUGCUAAGGCCCGAGGGACCUAGCGAUCAGCACAGGAGGGGAGCUGGUGUGGAACUCGAGGACGACUCCGCCCACUGCUGGGCCACUCCCCCAGGUUCCAUUGAUUCUUUCCUCUAACCACCAUCUAACUUUGACCUCUACUUCCUUCACACUCGGCCAAGUCUGUCAGAACCUGGAAGCUCUAGAGGAAGCUGGAGGAGACUGGACGAGUGGCUAUUAUUUACUGGUCCAUCAGGGUCUGCUCGUUUGAGAUAAACGUUUUUAUAAGGACAAGGUUUGAAUUAACGGGCUGUAAUAUAUGUCCCAGGGCUACAGAGAGACUAGACUUGUCUAGCCAGGAGACAGACCACCUUUGUUGUAGACCCAGCUCUACCGUGAACUUUUGUAGAUGACCCGUCAGGUCAUUUCGUACACGCUCACUGUACUCUGUUACUCAGGUUAUCCUUACUGGAUAAAAUGAGGUUUUCUCCAAUAAAGAUGCAAUGUGAAGGCACUUUAAAAUAAAAAUAAUGGGUGAAGAG